UAGAAUAAUAAGGGAAACCAGUUAACAAUUUUUGUAAAAAAUUAACAGAUUGGGAAACAGUUUUUAGCAACAGAAAAUUGUCAGACUUAUUUUAGGGGUGGGGGGAACACCAGUAUCUCCCCUGAAAUCUUUGAUUCAGUGCACAUUUAUCUGACUGUUAACACCUUUGGACACCACUUAGAAAGGUAUAUAACACUUAUCAGCCAUCACUAGAAGGGUAUUUAACUUAUCAGCCAGGAAUAUGGGGUUGUUGUAGUGGUGGUUUUUUCCGAAAUAAAUAUCCUAGCUCAUGUAUUCUCAAAGAGAAGCAAAUUCCAUUUUUAUACCUCUUUUAGCAAGAUGUUGUGACUGAUGAAAUUUAAAGGCCAUGGAUGAAGAUGGACUUGAACUACAGCCGCAUGAUGCACAUGCAUUUUUUGAUCCUACAGGAGCUGAUGGAACACACAUGAAUGGAAAUGAAAUUGUGGUUGAAAUACAGGAAACUGUAUAUGUGUCAGAUGUGGAGGACUCUGAUAUAACUGUUCAUAAUUUUGUUCCUGAUGAUCCAGACUCAGUAGUAAUUCAAGAUGUCAUUGAGGACGUUGUUAUAGAAGAUGUUCAGUGUCCAGACAUCAUAGAAGAUGCAGAUGUAUCUCAGACUGUUAUUAUACCUGAACCAGUGCUGGACAGUGAUGUCACUGAAGAGGUGUCAUUAGCACAUUGCAGUGUUCCAGAAGAUGUUUUAUCUUCUGAGAUCACACCUUCAACAAUAUCAGUACCUGAACAUGUGCUCACAAAUGAGUCAAUGCACAUACCUGAUGUUGGACAUAUGGAACAUGUUGUUCAUGAUCAUAAUAAUGUUGUAGAAGCAGAAAUUGUUACAGGGACCCUGGGAGAGGAUGUAGUUUCAGAGGUACUGGUUGCAGACUGUGCCUCUGAAGCUGUAAUUGAUGCCACUGGAAUACCUGUGGAGCAUGAUGAUGACAAGGGCAACUGUGAAGACUACCUUAUGAUUUCUUUGGAUGAAGCUGUCAAGACAGAAGCGGACAAUUCUGUAGAUGCUAAAUCAGAGUCUGAAGGUGAUACCUGUAAAAUGGAUGGCAUUUGCCCAGAAGUCAUCAAAGUCUACAUUUUUAAGGCUGAUCCUGGAGAAGACGAUAUAGGAGGCACAGUAGACAUUGUGGAAAGUGAAUCGGAAAAUGACCAUGGAGACACAUUAAUUAAUCAAAAUAGCAGUGUCCGUAUUCCAAGGGAAAAAAUGGUUUAUAUGGCAGUAAAUGACUCUCAGCAUGAAGAUGAAGAUUUAACUGUUGCAGAAAUUGCUGAUGAGGUCUAUAUGGAAGUGAUAGUAGGAGAGGAAGAUGCAGCAGGUGCUCAUGAGCAACCAAUUGAUGACAACGAAAUCAAAAGUUUUAUGCCAAUAGCUUGGGCAGCAGCUUAUGGUAAUAACACUGAUGCAGUUGAAAACCGAAAUGGAACUGCAAGCGCUCUCUUGCACAUAGAUGAAUCCUCUGGGCUUGGGAGAUUAGCAAAACAAAGACCAAGAAAGAGGAGGAGGCUGGAAUCCAGACAGUACCAAACAGCAAUAAUAAUUGGGCCUGAUGGCCAUCCUUUGACAGUCUAUCCCUGUAUGAUUUGUGGGAAGAAGUUUAAAUCCAGGGGCUUCUUGAAAAGGCAUAUGAAGAACCACCCAGAGCAUCUCCUUGCAAAGAAAAAAUAUCGAUGCACUGAUUGUGAUUACACUACAAAUAAAAAGUUAAGUUUGCAUAACCAUCUGGAGAGUCACAAGCUCAUUACUAAGACUGAGAAGCUAAUUGAAUGUGAUGAAUGUGGGAAAAGCUUCUCUCAUGCUGGAGCUUUGUUUACACACAAGAUGGUGCACAGGGACAAGGCAGCAAACAAAAUACACAAGUGUAAGUUCUGCGAGUAUGAGACAGCAGAGCAGGGAUUACUGAAUCGACACCUUCUGGCUGUGCACAGCAAAAACUUCCCCCAUAUUUGUGUGGAAUGUGGCAAAGGAUUUCGGCAUCCUUCAGAGCUCAAGAAACACAUGCGUAUCCACACUGGUGAAAAGCCCUAUCAAUGCCAAUAUUGUGAAUAUAGGUCUGCCGACUCUUCCAACUUGAAAACUCAUGUAAAGACUAGACACAGUAAGGAAAUGCCCUUCAAAUGUGACAUUUGUUUUCAGAUAUUUUCAGAUACCAAAGAGCUGCAACAGCAUAUUCUUAUGCAUCAAGAAAGCAAAACACAUCAGUGUCUGCACUGUGACCACAAAAGCUCAAACUCAAGCGAUUUAAAAAGACACAUAAUUUCUGUUCACACAAAAGACUACCCCCAUAAGUGUGACAUGUGUGAUAAAGGCUUUCACAGGCCAUCAGAACUGAAAAAGCAUGUUGCCAUUCACAAAGGCAAAAAAUUACACCAAUGUAGACAUUGUGACUUUAAGAUUGCAGAUCCAUUUGUUCUAAGUCGCCAUAUUCUCUCAGUUCACACAAAGGAUCUUCCGUUCAGGUGCAAGAGAUGUAAGAAAGGAUUCAAGCUGCAAAUGGAACUCAAAAAACACAUGAAAACACAUAGUGGUAGAAAAGUUUAUCAGUGUGAGUAUUGUGAAUAUAGCACUACAGAUGCCUCAGGUUUCAAACGGCAUGUUAUUUCCAUUCAUACAAAAGACUACCCCCAUCGUUGUGACUUCUGCAAGAAAGGCUUCCGACGGCCUUCAGAGAAGAACCAACAUAUUAUGCGGCAUCAUAAAGACAUUGGAUUGCCAUGAGGACUCCUUUAGAUAUGGAUUUGGGAUGGGUGUGUGUAAAAGAUAUGCUUUCUAGGCGGUCAUUGUAUUUUAAAGCAAAUCACACAAAAUACUGUGCAUUUGAUUUAGUGCUGUAUACAGAUAGGAUUAUUGCUUAUAGUUGACUUUUAUACAUUUUGUUCAUUAGUGUGUUCUGAAUUCUCUUCCGUUUGCUUAUUAAAUGAGGAAGGAGGGCAACAAUAAAGUUGCAUUUAAUAAAUAAAUUUUGUCUCAUACUGAAUUUUUAGCCACUUUGGUUCUCUGCAAUAUUUAUCUUACUGAAUGGUUCAUAUUCCGUGAUCAUAUUAGAUCAGUUUUGUCGUGAGUUAAACAGAGAUUUCAAAUUGGUUCUUAAUAAAGAGGUCAUAGUGAGAACUGUAUAAAAUAACCUGAGAAACAUUAAUGUCAAAAUAGAGCAUUGUGUCAUAAAACCCACUUAACUCUUUCAUUGAUAUUUAAGGAACUUGUGACAAAAUACUCAUUAUGGUAGUUACUCAGUACUAUUUUUCAUUAUUUGAGGUUCUUUUUAUAUAAUGUAAAUCUUUUCUAAUAAGUAAAUACAUUGGUUGCUGGGAGCAUUUCUUUUCAGUAGGUGUGACUUCUAAAGGAAAACUUGAGGCACUUGUUCAUAAGUAUUAUCUGCUUCUCUUGCCUUUUGGCUUUGUAUUACAAAUGUACUUGUGUUUUGAAAUCUAUUGUUUAAACUGUUGAGAGGAUAAAUUACUCAAUUUCCUGUUGUUAAGUUUACCCCAAAAUUAAAUGCAAUUUUAUUACAAGACUCAAGCCGUAUGAAAUAUUUGGUCCAAUCCCAUUUUCAGCUGUCUAACAGCACCUUCAGACAACCUUCAGAGAUUAUUAUACAUUAUUUAGAGAUACGGAAAAGUAAAGAAUGGAAACACGUGUGUUUAUUAAUCAUUUGUUUUCUUGCAGCUUUUCUUAUAUUUUCUUUAGGACCACAGAAUUUUUCCUUCCAGAAUAAAUUCAGUAAAAAGGGAGUAGUCGUUCAAAUACUUAAAGCUUAAGUAGCAACCUUUUAGAUCUCAGCCAAUUCUCAUCUUUAUUAAUACACUUCAGGAAAUACGUUGCAGCAGUGACCACCCGUACUCUCCAACUAUUGCUAAGGCAAAGCUGCUGUUGCCUGUUUUGUGGCAAGGUAAUAUUCUAUAAAUUUACAAACUUGACUGAAGAACAACCGUGCAACAAUAAUUCCAAAGCAUGUUGUAAUUAAUUUAAUUUUUCUGGAGUGGUGUAUGCACCACGCUUGUUGCAUUUAGAAGAGGAAAUAGCUAUGACACAACUGGGUGUGUUUUGGUUCCUUUCUUCUUUUCACCCUAGACAUGCACUGAUCAAAUAUACUGAAAGUGAAGAACAAGUUCCAAGUGAGCACCCUUUGCACCAUACAUUCCCUAUUCUUACUUUCAUCAGAAACUUUAUAUCCCAACUAAUCAGUUUUAUAUCUUAUAGUAUGUGGUUAGAGAAAGUGCAGUAUCUGCACUCCUUCAGAUAUUUAGUGUUCCCUUUUUGAUUGGUUUAUUUAAGAGAAAAGCUGAGUUACUAUGUGAGUCAGAAGUAUGUUACAUGAAAUUUACAUCUUGCUUUCUCCAAAUCUAAGGCUGUCAGAUUUAUGUGCAGCUGUGUUUGUUUUGGACCUUUUAAUGUGUGUGGACAGUUGCAUGUUCACCAGAUCCCUGGAAAAGUUGUUGGAAUACAAGCACACCUGUGAGCUUUGAUAUAGCAGUUCCAGUACACGCAUGGCCAUACAUCAUAUUUUCAUAUUGCAGUACAUUAAGUACAUCUUGUGGAGUUGUGUGGAACCCUGAAAAUACUCUGCAUUUCAACUUUUGUAGCAUUGAGGCCUUAAAGCCUGCUCCUGAAGGCACUUAUACUUACAGAAAUAAGUGUUUUCAGGAUCCAGAGAGGAGCCCAUAUAACCUUCAAAAUAUAGGUGUCUCAUUUUUCACUGAAAUCUGCCCAAAUGUCUAAAUAUUUUUUACAUAAUGUUAUUUCCAAGCCUCUUAAAAUCUAUUAAAGCUCAAACUCCUAGUCUGUUAAACAGUAUUACCCAUAUUGGGCAUCAUAAUUCAUAUUAAAAAUUCAAAAACUAGGCCAAGUUCCUAUUUCUUUAACAUUACUUGGAAUCAUAAAUACUUGUCAUGGAGCGUAAUUUUGAAAGUUUAAAAAAAGGAAUUAAGAGUUUAGUCAAAUGGAUUUUGUAAAUUGUGUCUGUAUAAAGAGCAAAUGAAACCUAGUUAUUGUUAAAUGUACUGAUAUUAGUUACAGGCUAGUUUUAUUUAAUUAGCAAAUGCUAUGAAAUUGAUGUUUCCGUUCAAUGUUUUAAACGGUACAUUUUAAAAAAAUAAACUAAGAACAUAAUAUAAAUAAUUGUUAUGUAAAAAUGCUUGUUAUAUACUCUGUUUCUUCCUGUACACUUUGUAAAAAAACGAAAAAGAAAAAUUACAUAGACUCAUAUAUAGAGAUGUGUGAUGUUGUAAUGUGUAUUGAUAAUGUGAAAAAAUAAAAACCAGGCUAUUUUUCUGUUAA